AUGCUGGGAAUAGGAGAUGGGUACAGGCCCACGUUAGUUUUCCCCACAUUAUCGGAGUCUGAUCUUGAUCAACAAUGUAUGAAAAUCAUUGAUAAUUUUGGUACUGCCACCAGUUUAGAUGACUUGAAUGCCGUUUUACAAGAAAUCAAUGUUACUACUGGAGCCAUAGAUAAGUCUCUUAAUCAUAAAACUAUAGUGGAACUGAGAAGAUUUCAACAUGAACUUUCUGGAAUUGAACUUAAUCGAGCAAAACUUUCCAAUGCCACUGUAAAUUCUGAUCAAUUAUCUCAAUUAUUAUCUUCAGCAAAUGAUUUAGGUAAUACUUUAACAUAUAAAAUUAAAACUCUUGAUCUGGAGAUUCAAAAAGUAAAGGAAACUUUGGACUUUGUUACCAAUAUUCAAACUUUAAAGAAUAAUAUCAAUCAGGCAAACUAUGCAUUGGAACAUAAGAAUUGGACAUUAGCGGCUCAAUGUAUUCAUAAUGUACAUUCUAAAGAAUUCGAGGAAAUCAUUAAUGGGAAAUUUGCAUCGGUAGUAAUACCAUCCACUGACAUCCCAGAGCUACCACACGUAACUCUUGGUCAAUGGAAAGAACAAUUAUCUAAAGAAUUUGAACGAUGUUUCAAUGAAGCUGCAAACCAAAGGAAUGUUCCAGAAAUUACUAAAUAUUUCCAAUUAUUCCCACUUAUAGAUAGAGAAGAAGUAGGACUUACAUGUUAUUCCAAAUUCAUUUGUCUGAUUGUUGCUGAUACUCUGAGGUCGUUGGUUGGAUCUAUAUCUAGAUCAGGAAAUGAAUCACAAACUGGGAUAUAUUCCUCAGUAUCACUGCAACUAUUUGAAAGCAUCUCGAUGAUGUUAUCACAACAUGGUCCCAUGAUUAAAAAAUAUUAUGGAUCAACCUAUCCUAAUGCCUUGGUAUAUGUUCUUGGGAAAAUUCAAACAGAGAUUGAUUCUCAAAUUGGAUUAAUUGGUGAUACUUUUUAUGAUAUGAGAAGAAUUGAUAAAGUACUUCAAGAUAUUCAAUUGUAUCAAUUUCCUAUUUUAACUCGCCGACUUCAAGAAUUUAAGACAGAUUCAGUAGUCAUCGAUUAUAACCAAGGUAAUGAUCUUGAUUAUUCCGAAGAAACUGUUUCAGUGUUGACAGUUGGGGAUUAUAUGGAAGAAUUAGCAUCAAUACUUCAUUAUUGGGCAUUAUAUUGUAAAUUUAUUACCUCAAAAUAUUUUACAUCAUCUUCUUUAAACCUUGAAAAUGGACUUAAAUUACCAAAUUUAAUUAUGAAUUCAAAUUUCACUGCAAAAAUUCAAUCCAAAUUUCAACCUUCAUUUGAAAAAAUGUACAUGUAUUAUUUCAAUCGUUCAUUAGAAAAGGCCAUAAGUAUCGAGGAAUUACCUCCUCUUGAACCAUAUUUGAGUCCUUUAGUUACAACAUUCCCAGAUCAAGCACCAUGCUCAUCGGUAAUCGAAGAUGUUACAUUGGUUCUUAAUAAUACCCUUAGAUGUACUAUUGAUACUUCUCAACCAUCAUCAGUGAAACGUUUUGUCACUGAAGGUUACAAAAUUAUAUUAAAUGAUCUUAUUGCUGGUUAUUUCAUGAAAAGUUUACGUGAUAAUCAACCAAGAUAUAAUUCAUUAUUACAAUUAAUUCAACCUGGUUCAUUAAAUGGUGGAAUGAAUAAUGGGGCCACCAAUAUUAAUAGUUCAACUGGCUUAAAUAGCCCAGGCGUCACCAGAAGUAGUACACCAGCUCCUGAUGCUGGUAGUGGUGGAAUGGGAUUUUUCAAAGGUGCUUCUAGUGCGCUUGGAUCAGUUGUUGGAACAGGUGUGACAUCAGUGGUCAAUAGUGCUACUGCUGUACAGCAAAAUCCUAAACUUUUAAAUUUCAUUUUGAUACUUAAUACAGUUGCCAUGGGACAGGAGUAUUUUACCAAAAUCAUUCAAAAUAUUACAGGACAUCCUGAAUAUCUUAAAAAUAGUUUCCCAUUUGGUAAUGAUAAAAAUAAAAUUGAACAAAUUCUUUUAGAUGAAUUCUUGAAUCCAUUUACCACCACUACAAAUAAAUUGAUUCAAGAAAAUUUAAUUGUUCUUUAUAAUCAAGCAAUCAAGAGUAACUUGAUUAAACUAGUUGGGGACUUUUUACCAGAGUCUUCACCUUCAAGUUACUUGAUAUAUUCAUCAAGUGCAUUGAAUGAUACGUCAACUAUGUUAAAGCUUGCAACUUCCUGGCAAGCAUUGAUACGUCCAUAUAAGCAAACGUUACACAAAUCAUUAUUAUUCAAUAAACUUUUGAGACUUCUUGUGGUUAACUUAACUAAUUUAAUUGAAAAGAAACUCAUGUUGGUGUUGGAUAGAUUUAAAAUUAAUGAACUUGGUGCUCUUAAGUUAGAAAAGGAUUUAUCAUUCUUAAUUAAUGAAGUAUGUGAAGAUAAUUAUGAUUUAAGAGAAAAGUUUAUUAGAGUCACACAACUCGUGAUGUUGGUUGGAAUGGAUGAUGAUGAGUAUGAAAUGAGCUUGCAAUCUGGAGCAUCACAUGUUGAGCAAUUGGAUGAAGAUGACGAUGAUGAAAAUGAUUUACUGGGAAUUAACUGGGUGUUAACAUCCUUGGAACGUAAAAAGGCUAGAAAUUUUAGAGUAUAG